AGUACAAAUUGCACAGGAAAUGCUUAUUGUGAUAUUAGUUAUAAAGACUAUAUAGAACUUAAAAGCAGAUUCGAAGCUAAUUUUAGUAACUUCUACUUUGAAAAAGAAGCAAUUCGUUGUUAUGAAUUGUGGAUGCAGAAUGCUGUUAAAAGAGUUAAACAUGCUAGAGAAGUUAGAAAAAAGAUCCAAGCGUGUAUUACUAUACAGAGAAAAGUUAUUGAGUGGAUUUAUCGUCCGGAUGGAUUAAAUGCUCAGGAGCUUGCUUUUCAUUAUGCAUGUUUACAAAAUAUUAGAGCAAAAAUGCAUCAAAUUAACAAUGUAUAG